AUGGCUUUACCCCACGGAAGUGGAGGAGGAGCAGGAGGCAGUGGCCAGCCACCCUGCAGCACAUCCAGCGGCAGUUCGCGGGAUCAUGCUGGCAGCGUUAGCGGAGGAACUCGGAAACGUUGGAACUGCGGGAAUGGAAGCGGCGGGGGUGGGAGCUGGGAGCGGCCAGGGGGUGGCGGCGUGGGAAGGAUCAGGGGCAGCGGGAGGUUUGGCUUUAUCUUUCGCUGGCUCUGUGUAUUGUUCGGUGCAGGGGGGCGCGGCCAGUGGGGUAGUGCCACAGCAACCUCUCCCAGGGGUGGUGGCAACGACGAGGAGGAAGAUGACAGCAAUGGUAACUGGGCGCCCACCCCGAUCCCCAUCCCACAUGGCUUAUCUCUGAAUAAAACUAGCUGGUGCUGUGGGAGAACGGAGACGAUUCGGUCUAUAUGCGGCGGGUGUAACCGACGAUGGCACUGCCACAUUGCGCAUGGAUUGAUUGACAUGGACAAAGAUCGCUUCACCUGCUGCUUCUGCGACUCGCCGAUGAGGGCUGCGGCGGGAUGUUCGUGUCACAAGUGCGUGGGCAACGCCAGGUACAGAACCAACUCUGCAACUCGUGCACAAGGCGGCCACGUACGAGCGAGUGCCGUUGAUCGAACGGCGGGGCGGCGGAAGCCUACGACCAGCGUUUUCAAGCUCAAGCCCGACCCCCUGCUCACAGGAGAUAGCUCGAGCGGCUGGCAGAAGGCAGUGUACUCUGUUUCCACGACCACUCGGGGUGAGCGCGUCACCGUCGUCACGAACUUCAUCCCCAACGAGCCUGGAAGCUACAAGAUUGUCUGCUGCAGCAGCCAGUGCAUCUCCACCACCCACGCGCAGGAACCCGACCCCGCCGAAAACGUCCAGCGAAUGGCAGUCGCCCGGUGUGACCACGCCAUCGUAGUCGUUGGAAGCGGGACACUCCCAGUCCCGAGGGCUGGCAUUCGUGACGCCACGCCUGUCGUGUUUGGCAAGAACGGAGAAGGAGUCGUCGCCUUGGCUGACAAGGCAGCGCAAGAGAUGCAGUUGGGACAGAGCGGUCUGUCGGACGUUUUGCGAAUGGCGGCGAUGGCCGAGGAGCAUGAUAUGCCGUUGUUGGUGCACUUCAGCGACACCAGAAGCUACGCCGUGUACCACCCAGGGCAUCGAUCAAUUGUAGAAGGCUGGGCGGUCGUGCAGUGCGAAAUCGACUUGCAAGAUGGAGCUGGUGGUGCACGAAGGAGUAGGAGGACACCCGCGAAGAGGAGUUCCCAAAGUUUCCGAUGCAAGGCUAAUGGAGGGACGCCAUGCGGUGCAGCGAGGAAGUCCAAGCGUGGGAGGUGUGUCCACACGAACAUCACGGCGCUGGGUGUUAUGGGCAGCCAAAUUAGCGAGGAGCCCAUCGACGAGGAGGAAGGGGAAGGUUCCGGCGACGAAGGCGUUGGCUCAGCGGCGUCAGAGUAUAGGCGCAACAAACCCGCGUUUGCAUCAAAGGUAGACAAGCUGUUGGGGGUAAUCGGCAUAAUCAAGUUCCCGGUAGAGGUCCUUGCUGUCCUGACCGACGAGGGAGCAAGGGGCAGUCUCGACGGCGUUGGCGGCAAGCGAAAAGAGAUCUGCAGCCUCCAGGCGGUGUGCCAAAAGUGCGGCAACAUGCUUGGCCUAUUGCGAAGCGAAACGAUCACAGCCGUGGUUCCGGGUCCGGACUUGCAGGAAGUUGUGAUAAAGAUCAAGGGCUGUGAGGGCUGCGGUGUGGAAGCAGUGACGGGUGAUGAUUGGCGAGAGCACGGGUAUUUCCUGUUCGGCAACAAGUUUGCGGUACAUCUCUCGCACAUGGUCACGGCCCGGCAUGCCGUUCAAGGAGGCACGGCCAUAAGCCAUGCGUUCAACAACCUCCUCCGACCUUUGACGAACAACCUGCGAUGGAUGAGCCAGAACAAGUUGGCGAGAAGAGUCCUACAAAACAAUUACCUCACGAAGCAGUUGGUGGACGCCUUCGUUUGCUUCGAGGCCCUCACCGACCACCCGUACGCGUUCCGCAGCUACAAGCACGGCUACACCCCACUUGUCAGCGAAUGGGAUGGCUGCAACAAGCCGGCCGUGAACAUCAGCAUGGAAGAGUAUUUCGGAGCGCGCGAGGAGCAGGUGGUGGACAUGGACCUCGACUGGCUCUGGCUCAUCAUCAGCAUGCUGUCGCCGAUGGUUUUUCGGGAGACACUCCAGUUCUCGUACAACACGCCUGUCACCUUUUGCCCCCAAAACCGGAAGUCUAACAUCAUCACCAUUCCCGCUCGCGGGAAAGCCCGGCAGCCAGGAGAUGUCGAGGCAGCCGAUGGCAAGGUACUCAUGGACUACGUGGCGACGAAGGGAGAGGGGCAGCUGUUGGAGGACAUGUUGGAAGGCAUGACCAAGGACGACCUGGACGCCUUGUACUGCUUGUGCUUUGGGAAGAACGGGCCGGGAAUGAGCAGGUACAGCACGAAGGCACUGAUGCAGAAGCUGUUCAAGGAUGUGGCGGAGCAUUGGGGGAAAACAAACUUCGGGAAGGAGGACUGCGCUAAGUUCUUCGUGGACAGAGGGGGGGUGUUGGUGUCGUCUGGCGUCGAGGGCGGAUAUACACCAGAUGGGGUCAUGACGUGCCACAUGUUCAUGUUGCGCGCGGAGAGUGCAUCGGACUUGGCGGUGCUGCUGCUCCACCAUUUGGUGAGUCGUUUUUGUCUUUGUGGAUAG